AGAAUCGUUAUGACCUUGGUAACCAUAAUGAAAAUGAAGAGAAUCGUGAUGACCAUGGUAACCAUGAUGAAAAUGAAGAGAAUCGUGAUGACCAUGGUAACCAUAAUGAAAAUGAAGAGAAUCGUUAUGACCUUGGUAACCAUAAUGAAAAUGAAGAGAAUCGUGAUGACCAUGGUAACCAUAAUGAAAAUGAAGAGAAUCGUGAUGACCAUGGUAAUCAGGAUCAAGUCGUUGCUGUAGAUUGGCGUGAAUGGCUAGAAAAUAUUUUGGAAUUUUCGAUAGAGGAAAUCAGGGUACAAAUUUUAAGUCCAUAUACUGCAAAAAACGAAUUUGAUCACACUAUGAUUGAAUAUAUUGGAAAGGUUUUGAUGGACUUAAUCGAACAUGAUAUUGAACCUACGCAUGAACGUCUUAUUGGUGAAGGUAAUACAUCAAAUAAAGACCGAUUAAAAGCUGAUAUAGUUGGUGUUCGGUUGUCAGAUAAUCGCCAAGUCGUAUUCUUAGAGAUGGGUGGAGCUCCUACUGAUUUUUUAAAAAACCAUCCAAUUGAUGAUUCUCAUAAAACACUCCGGGAACGAAUUGAUUCUUUGAAUGAUAUACUUUUAACUUUCCUUAACUAUGAUAUUCGGUUUGCGCGGAAAAUUCGCUUGCUAACUAUUCAAGGAAUUGAAUUAUCUCUAAGGGGUAAAGAUGAUUACGUAGAUGAAGAAAUACUAUCGGCGGUCUUUCCAAUUAGCUGGGAUUUCCGCUUCCAAUUUCGUGAAAUAUUUGAUAUGAUGGAGUACAUAAUUCUGUCCAUUACAGAAUAUCCCGAUACCGUAAAAGAACUCUUAAAAUACCCAACUGAUUCACAAGAAUUUUCUAUUCGACAUUGUAUUGAUGUUUAA